AUGGCUUCUGAAGAUUGGACUACUGUAUAUUCAGCACUGGAUGUGGAUGAGAAAGUAUCAGCUUAUAACUCCAUUAUAAUCAAGAUGCUUGACGAGUUCUUACCUGAAAAAACCAUGGAUGCUCAAACAAUACCACGAAGACCUAGCUCCUGUGGUUUAUGA